AUGAACGACGAAUUCCCUACAGGCAAAAAUGUCAGGCGCGCCCACUGUCUUGCAAGGAUCGUGAGCGACGAGUGGGCUGGAGCCAUGACCGAGGAACCAGCAAUCUUGCGUCGCACGCAAGUAGUCGGGAUUUGCGUCGGGAUGCACCAGCGGUGCGAAGAGUGGUUCGGGAGAAUCGAGGACAGAGAGAAGAAGAACGAAGGUCGUUGUGGACGUGGGCGUAGCUCGGAAAAGGUUGUGUUGGAUGGUCGGCCCCAGGACGAGCUGACCGACUAA